AUGGUCGUCUCCGAGAAGGAUGCGAAGAAGCGCGCGGAGGAGGACGCGAAGAAGAAGUCGAUCGACGACGACUCGACGACUGUAAAGAAGAAUGACUCGACGAACGGGAAGCCAAAACUCGAGCAAGAGCUGAGCGAAGAGGACGCCGCGCUCAAGGAAAACUUAGAGCUCAUGGUGAUGCGAGCGAGCGAUCCGAAGACGGGAGUGGCGAAACUGGCGCUGGAGACGAUGCGACGCGAGAUCCGAACAGCGACGAGCUCGAUGACAUCGGUGCCAAAACCGCUGAAGUUUUUGAGACCGCACCUGCAAACCUUGAAGGACGUGUACGAAAAGAUGAAGGACAAAGAAAACAAGUUUUUGCUGGCGGAUAUCGUUUCACUGUUGGCCAUGACCAACGCAAACGUGUCGGGAGAGGUGCCGGAGUCGCUCAA